AAACGAGAAUUAACCACAAGUAAAUGAGAGCCCUAAAAACUGUGUUAUUAUAUAGAGAUUAGAUUAUUAUUUCAUGAUUUUUCUUUUCCCCUUAUUCAGUCCUCGAUUGUCCUCAAAUGCAGCAGCCCAAGUAAUAGGUUUCUGAAAAAACAACACAGAUUGAGAGACAGACACAGACACUCGGUGAGACAAAUCAGAACACAGAAAGAGAGAUAAAAGAGAGAGAUGGGUGGAGCACAGUUGCUUAAGAGGAUUCCUCUUAUCAAAUUCCCUCAAAGACAUCCAAAACUUUCUGGUUCUGCAACAGAGACUCAAGCAGUACCGAAACCUGUUGAAGCUCCUCAGACACUGUUUUCUAUGUCUUCUACCAACUCCUCUGUUGGAGGGAAAGCUUCUGAGCAGCCAAAACGAACACCAAUUACGGACAAAGAGAUGGAAGCUAUUUUGUUGGGUGGGAUCUUCUGAUCAUUUUGUUCAGUUGGAUAGGAUCUUCUGAUCAUUUUGUUUGACGACAAGAGACAUGAACUGUAGGUAUGUUGGUCGUACAAUUCUCUCUUUGCUUCCAUAAUGAAGUUUUUUGUAUUACCAAAAAUAUUACUAUAAAAGAUGGAAUAUCUUGGAAUUUUAACAAUAAAAUGAAGAACCGAGAACUGAAAUGUUGAUCUCUGAUCUGAGUACAUGAUUUAACUACCUGCAUAUGGGUAUUAUUUUUGUAAGUUUAUUUUAUCAUUUAACGAAUACUUCUGUUAUCCUCCAACAAAUGGAAUAGAUGCUAUCUGUGUGUGUGA